UAUCAAACAUGUGGUCCGUGUUCAUUUUUUAUCCACAUGAAGGCAUAUACAAUGUAAAAAGGACAUAACAUGAACAGCUCCUCAUUCCUUACCAAAUUCCUCGGCCAUCACCGCCACCAAUACACCAGAAUGAACCACCUACCGUCAUCGGAUUCCUCCGCCACUUCCCCCACCGACAAAUCAAGUUCCCUCGCCUCCAAAUGCUGGCUUGACGACGCCUGCAUUGUUGACAUCGACUACUUCGUCAAAACACUUUCAGGCAUCAAAGCUAAUGGCGUACGACCAGACCUCAUUGGUUCCAUCAUCACACAUUACGCUUCCAAAUGGAUCCCUGAACUCUCCGGCGAACCACCAUCACCUGUCGCCCCCGAACUCCAGUCUCUCUCACAAAGCGCCACCGCGUCUUGGCUCAAGAAACGGUUUUUCAUAGAGACUAUAGUGGCGGUUCUACCACCGGAGAAAGACGCCAUUCCCUGCAGCUUUCUUCUCCGGCUACUCAAGAAUGCUAACAUGGUGGGUGUGGACUCGAGUUACAAGGAGGAGCUGGAGAAAAGAGUUGCAUGGCGGCUGGAUCAGGCGACGUUGAAAGAGCUGAUGAUACCGUGUUUUAGUCAUGACAGAAGCACGUUGUUCGACGUCGAGCUUAUGCUCCGGUUAGUGAAGAGGUUUGUGGAAUUGGAGAUCGAAGGUCUGAGAACCGGUGCCGGAAUGUUUAAGGUUGCAAAGCUUGUAGACGCGUAUCUUGCAGAAGUUGCAGUCGAUUCAGAGGUGGCAUUGCCGGAGUUUAUGGAGCUUGCCGGAGCCGUUCCUGCACAAGCCCGUGCCACGGACGAUGGUUUAUACCGUGCUAUUGAUACUUAUUUAAAAACGCAUGUGAACGUAACAAAACAAGAAAGAAAGAGAUUAUGCAAAUUAAUCGAUAGUCAAAAGUUAUCAACCGAAGCAUCCAUUCAUGCAGCUCAAAAUGAACGUUUACCAGUAAGAUCAGUAAUCCAAGUGCUAUUCUCUGAGCAAGCAAAACUGAGUUCCCACACCGAUUGGAGUCGAUCAUUCAGCACUGCUAGAAGCCCGAACCUCAGUGUGGACAUACACGAUAGGUGCCAUUCAUCAAGAGAUAUUGCAACAAUUCAACAAAUGGAAAUCAAGAAGCUAAAAGAACAUGUAACAAAGCUUGAAAGGCAAUGCUACUCGAUGCAAAAUCAAAUUGACAAGUUAUCGGAGAAGAAAAGAGGGUUUUUCAAUUGGAGGAAACUGCAAAUGUCAACGACUCUAAAGUCUAUGAGCAUAGAAGUGGCUGACGAAAGUAAGUUGGAUUCGAGUAGCAUUGGAAAGCAAACUCCUCUCAAGGGAAAACAAGGGAGAAAUAAGACUCCGAAAAGGUGGAGAUCAUCUACUUCUUAAGUUUCAUUAAUUUUUAGAUUAUUUGUUGUUUGAUCAGUUGUUUUUAAAAAAUAUAAUGAUAUGUCAGAUAUUACAAUACAAUAAUUACUUAUAUACCUU